CACCGCGGGCUCGGCGGCCCCGGCCGGGGAAGGAGGGCGGCGGGCGCCGCCGGAGCCGCCGGAGAUGGCGGGAGGGCACUGCGGCAGCUUCGCCGCGGCGGCGGCCGGCAGCGGCGAGAUCGUGCAGCUGAACGUGGGGGGGACCAGAUUUAGUACCUCAAGACAAACGCUUAUGUGGAUUCCAGAUUCUUUUUUUUCCAGUUUGCUGAGUGGAAGAAUUUCAACACUUCGGGAUGAAACUGGUGCUAUAUUUAUUGAUAGAGAUCCAGCAGCAUUUGCACCCAUUUUAAAUUUUCUUCGGACGAAAGAGCUAGACUUAAGGGGAGUGAGUAUCAGUGUUCUGAGGCAUGAGGCGGAAUUUUAUGGGAUCACUCCGUUAGUCCGGAGGCUUCUGCUGUGCGAGGAGCUGGAGCGCUCGUCCUGUGGCAGCGUCCUCUUCCACGGCUACCUGCCUCCGCCAGGUAUUCCUAGUCGUAAAAUAAACAACACAACCAGGUCCUCUGCUGAUUCAAGGAAUGGACUAAAUUUUACAGAAAGUGAAGCUCGAGGAGGUGGUACUCAGCCUGUCGUGUCUGGAACUGCAGAAGAGGCCGUUAGGCUGGGAUUUCCGGUGGAUCCACGAAAGGUGCUCAUCGUAGCUGGACAUCACAAUUGGAUCGUAGCUGCCUAUGCCCAUUUUGCCGUGUGCUACAGAAUCAAAGAAUCUUCAGGAUGGCAGCAGGUGUUUACAAGCCCUUAUUUGGAUUGGACCAUUGAGCGAGUGGCUUUAAAUGCAAAAGUGGUCGGGGGUCCACACGGAGACAAAGACAAAAUGGUUGCGGUCGCCUCGGAGAGCAGCAUCAUCUUGUGGAGUGUCCAGGACGGAGGAAGUGGGAGCGAAAUUGGAGUGUUCAGCCUGGGUGUUCCUGUAGACGCCCUCUUCUUCAUUGGGAACCAGUUGGUGGCCACGAGUCAUACGGGGAAAGUGGGGGUGUGGAAUGCUGUCACUCAGCACUGGCAGGUUCAAGAUGUCGUCCCGAUAACUAGUUACGACACGGCUGGCUCAUUCCUUCUCCUGGGAUGUAACAACGGAUCCAUAUAUUACAUCGAUAUGCAGAAGUUCCCUCUGCGAAUGAAGGAUAACGACCUUCUUGUGACUGAACUUUAUCAUGAUCCUUCCAAUGAUGCCAUCACUGCUCUGAGUGUUUACCUCACACCCAAAACAAGUGUCAGUGGUAACUGGAUUGAGAUCGCCUAUGGUACGAGCUCUGGAGCAGUCCGGGUCAUCGUGCAGCACCCGGAGACGGUGGGGUCAGGCCCGCAGCUGUUCCAGACUUUCACCGUUCACCGCAGUCCCGUCACCAAAAUCAUGCUGUCGGAGAAGCACCUCGUAUCAGUCUGUGCAGAUAACAAUCACGUCCGGACGUGGACAGUCACGCGGUUCAGGGGGAUGAUCUCUACCCAGCCGGGCUCCACGCCUUUGGCGUCGUUCAAGAUCCUGUCUCUGGAGGAGACCGAGAGCCACGGCAGCUAUUCCUCGGGCAACGACAUAGGGCCUUUUGGAGAGCGAGAUGACCAGCAGGUGUUUAUCCAGAAGGUGGUUCCCAUCACCAACAAACUCUUCGUCAGACUCUCAUCUACCGGGAAAAGAAUCUGUGAGAUCCAAGCUGUUGACUGUACCACAAUAUCCUCAUUUACAGUGAGAGAAUGUGAGGGGUCCAGCAGGAUGGGUUCAAGGCCAAGGCGCUACUUGUUCACAGGCCACACGAACGGCAGCAUUCAGAUGUGGGAUCUGACCACCGCGAUGGACAUGGUUAACAAAAGCGAGGACAAGGAUGUCGGUGGUCCGACGGAGGAAGAGCUGCUCAAGUUACUGGAUCAGUGCGACCUGAGCACAUCUCGCUGUGCCACUCCCAACAUCAGUCCGGCAACUUCUGUCGUUCAGCAUAGCCGUCUCCGCGAAUCAAAUUCUAGCCUUCAGCUCCAGCACCACGAAACCAUCCAUGAAGCAGCUACUUACGGUUCCAUGAGGCCUUACAGAGAAAGUCCCUUGUUAGCAAGAGCAAGGAGGACUGAGAGCUUUCACAGUUACAGGGACUUCCAGACUGUUAACCUGAACAGAAACGUAGAAAGAGCUGUCCCUGAAAAUGGCAACUUGGGGGCAGUACAAGCCGAAGUAAAGCUAGCCCCAGGGGAAUGUAACGCGUCUGAGAGAAAGUCGCCUGGAACCGAAGUUAAAAACCUCAGAGAGUCAGAUAGUGGAGUGGAGGUGCAUAAAAUAGCCGAAGGUUUUCUAGAAGGCAAGAAAAGGUCCUCAGAAGAUGAAAAUGAAAAUAAACUGGAGUUACGGAGGAAAGGAGGAUUUGAAGGAGGAGGAUUCCUUGGAAGAAAAAAAGUUCCUCACCUGGCCUCAUCCCCAAGUACAUCGGAUGGAGGAACUGACUCCCCUGGUACUGCGUCCCCGUCUCCCACGAAGACGACGCCAUCUCCUCGGCACAAAAAAAGUGAUUCUUCAGGGCAAGAGUACAGCUUAUGAAAGAAAACUCCGCAAAGUGAAUAGUUGUUUUGUCAAUUCUGUGAGUUAAACUUUCCUGGAUUUCAGUAUAUUCGCUUUUACACCAAAACUUUACACAUUCAAAUUAGACUUCUUUUUAACAGAAUUACCUGGGAUAAGGAGAUGAAAUAACCGUAUCCCUGCUGAUGCCCUUUGGGAAAAUUUUUUUAGUUUUACCAGCACAUUUAACAGAUCAUUUGUAAAGCAAGACUCCACUUCAGUGUUUCUCUGUGGAUUUUGGAAGCGUAGUACCCCAUCUUCCUAAGACAGUGCCCAUAUAGGUGGGCAUCCUGUUAGAGCAUGGGUACCAAUGCCUUCCUAAUCUUGAUUAUGCCUGAGGUUUGUCUUGCAAUGUUAUGUGACAGAUAUAACACAUGAAUUACAUUGGAACUGAGUCUCCCAAUCCUUAUUGUGAUUGCAAAGUGUUUCCCAGAUAUUGAAUGAGGUGCUAUGUGUGUGAAAAAUAUGUAAUUCAGAAACACUAUUGAUGUUGAAUACCAGAUUACACUAGUAGUAAGUCCUUUAGGAUAAUUGAAAUUGUGGUCAUUUUCUGAUUCUCAUUGUUGGAGUUCUUAAGUCAUAGCAAGUAUCACCACUAUGAAAUGUCAAAAGUCCAUUUAAACUUUCUUUAAAGUUGGAGCAGUUGUCUGUGUUUGAACAGAUGAAAUACAAAGACUAAAGACAAAGCUUUGAGUGCCCAGAAAGGAAAACUGAAGCCUUUGCUAGUCUGCCUUGAUUUAGGAGCCACCUGUUUUUUUCCCUGUGUUACUAAUCAAGAUAAUUACAUUAGAAGGUGGCCAUUUUGUUAGACUACAGUUCUGAAUUUUUGGUUAAAAGGUUUGGCGGCUGUAUAAAAAUGUUAUUUUAACUAUAUUUUGAAUUAUAAGAACAAAAAAUUAUUGCACUUUUCCCUCCACUUAAUCAGAAUGAUUUCCAAGUUUCUGAAAACAAGGUAAUUGUAAAUUUAAAGCUUUAAGCAUUUAUUGGUGAAUAAUGUAUAUAUUCCCAUUCAGGAAAUAUAAGUGAGCUGAGUCAAAAUAAAUCUUUAAAGUUUAUUAUGUUGCCAGUGGUCUCACACCCAUUCUCUUGUAUUUAUUUGUCAAGUCAAAUAAAAAUGAUUAAGACAAUGUUUUCACUCAGUUAUCCUGCUUAAA